GAUGUAGGAGAGCGAGCUGUAGACUAUAUAAGAGUGAGAUUGUCACAACCUAGGGCAUCCACAUAGCUUUCAUAGCUUCAAGCAGCUUCGACUCGCAGAGAACAUAUCCUACGCCAUUCGAAAACAUAUCAUCAUUCCUCGCCGCCUCUGAACUCUCUCAAUCUUGGAACCGGUCCACUUCACUUCCACCACCAACGACCAGACGUAUACUAUCAGCCAAAGGAAGCCCACGCAUCGUCUCCAUUCUUCAGCCCUCAUACCGUAUCCGCUGCCGACCCACUCAGUGGCAUUUCCACACUCCACACAAUGCCUUCCGCACCAACCAAGCGCAUGCACAUCGCCAAUGCUCUCCUCCCGCAAUCACCAGCACCAACCCACCAACAAUCUCGCCAACCACGUUCCUCCUUCGAAUCCGACCUCACCAAGACUCCCAUGAGUUCGGCAUCCAGCAUACUAUCCAAGGACUCACUGGCGAAGGGAUCCACCAAGGAGCCGACCAUGGCCAGGAAGGCGUGGGAGGCUGUCAAGAGGCGCGCAAAGGAGCAUCACGAUAGUGUCAAUGCCGCGUAUGAGGUGUACUAUUCGCAAGGAAUCAACACACGUUCCAGCCGGUAGAGCGGUUCCGGAGUGGAUUUUCGACAACCGUCAUGCGUGGAUUAUAGUGAGGAGGGGGUGGAAUAAUGACGCUGUGCUGCAUGAUACCAUAAUGACUACGGCGUUGAGAACAAUGGGUACUGCGAUUUUGUUAGAAUUGGGACUUCGGCGUUCCUAUCUUCUUUCGCGGGGGUAAUAGAUAUUUAC